AUGGACUCGCCAUCAAAAGACAUUUCUAAUGUAUUGGAUGAAUUCAUAGCCGCUGUCGAGGAAACUAAACAAGUGUUACAAAGUCCGAGUGUUCCCGGGAAAACAGAUGCCUGCUCUCUGUGUGAAUGUGCGCGACCUCGGAGAAAGAAAGUUUUCGUCCACGAUCGUUGCGAUUGCGAACUGCUUCAGUCUCAUUUAAUGGCACCGACGGGUGAAUUACACAGAUAUGGCGAUAAAUACGAUCAAACAAUGUUUUUUAACCAGCAUUCUUCUCGAGAAAAAGAAGCCGAAGGAUUAGUGACUGAAAUGAAUUCACUUCUGAACCAGAUAUCUAGCGCCGCGAAUUCUUUGAAAAAAAUCUACCAUCGACGAUCUUCACCAGUGAUCGAGGACAUAUGA